AUGGGAAGACAUUCUUGCUGUUAUAAGCAAAAGCUGAGAAAAGGGCUUUGGUCUCCUGAAGAAGACGAGAAACUUCUCAAUUACAUAACUAGACAUGGUCAUGGCUGUUGGAGUUCUGUCCCUAAACUCGCAGGUUUGCAGAGAUGUGGAAAAAGUUGUAGGCUUAGGUGGAUAAACUAUUUGAGACCCGACUUAAAGAGGGGAGCUUUCUCUCAAGACGAAGAAAGCUUGAUCAUUGAGCUCCAUGCUGCGUUAGGCAACAGAUGGUCUCAGAUCGCAACUCGGUUACCAGGAAGAACAGACAACGAGAUCAAAAACUUUUGGAACUCAUGUCUUAAGAAGAAGCUGAGAAGAAAAGGCAUUGAUCCAACAACACAUAAACCCCUAUUAAGCGACCUUCACUCUCUUAACGUCAUGGAUCAUAAGUUGACGUCAGAAGUAGUAAAGUCAACGGGUUCUAUAAACAACCCACAUGAUCAGUCGAUGGUCGUCUCAUCGCAACCAGGUCCAUGGUGGUUCCCGGCGACAGCUACUACUAGUCAAAACGCUGCGUUUUGCUUCAGUUCAAAUACUCCUCCAACGGUUUCAGACCAGAUCGUAUCUUUAAUCUCUUCAAUGUCCACGUCAUCAUCUCCGACACCAAUGACUUCAAACUUCAAUCUUGUUCCAAACAACUGGGAACUCAACUACUGCAACAACACAGUUCCAUCUCAGAACAACAGUAUCUACAGUGCCUUCUUUGGUAAUCAUUACACAGAAGCUAGCCAAAUCAUGAACAAUAACAAUAAUAAUAAUCCAGUAGUGGAUCAUCAUCAACAAGACAUGAAGCCAUGGCCAUCAGAGAUUCUUCACUACGCAGAACUUAACCAAAGCUCAGAUACUGGUUUCGAAGCAGAAGUGAAGCCAGACAUAGCCAAGUACUACUGGAGAUCAACGUCGUCCUCGUCAUCACCAAACGAAGAAGCUGCAACAUUAUUACAUGAUCAUGCUGGCGUCGAGUUGUACGGUAAAAAUCUACAAAAACUUAGUAACAUGGCGUUUGAUCAGAGACUUUAG